AUGUCAAACUUUGUUUCAAGUUGGGCUAAAAACAUUGUCACCCUGCCUGAAAAUUAUGUAAUGCCACCUGAUAAAAGGCCUAAUGAACAUGUCUCAAUUGGUAACAAUAUUCCAGUAAUUGAUCUAGCAAAAGCAUCAUCAAGCACAGUUAAUCAUGCUGAAUUAGUCCAAGAAAUACUAAAAGCUAGUCAAGAAUUUGGUUUAUUUCAGAUCAUAAACCAUGGAGUAUCUGAGAAACUGAUGGAUGAUGUGAUGGAUUUAUUCAAGGAGUUAUUCGACAUGUCUGUCGAGAUGAAGGAUAAGUUAUUCUCUGAGGAUUCAAAUAAGAGUUGUAAAGUGUUUGGAAAUCGAUAUAUCAAUGGAGAUAUUCGUUACUGGAGAGAUCUUCUCAUACAACCUGUGUUUCCCAUUCAAGAAGACACACAACAUUGGCUCGAAAAUCCAGCUAGAUAUAGGGAACUGGUUGAAACAUAUUCAACUGAAGUGAGGAAGUUAUGCACGACGAUAGUGGAGCUGAUAGGUGAAGGACUGGGAGUAGAAUUAGGGGAGGAAAUGAUCAAAGACCAAGCCCUGGGGGCUAACUAUUACCCACCUUGUCCAGACCCAAGUUCAGCCAUGGGUUCGCCUCCUCAUUGCGAUCCCAACAUCAUUACCUUCCUUCAACAGCAAGUUUAUGGACUUCAAAUCUUCAAAGAUGGUCACUGGAUUGGUGUUCAUCCACUUCCCUAUGCAUUCGUUGUCAUCAUUGGUUACCAGAUGCAGAUUAUCAGCAACAAUAAGCUAGUAGCUUGUGAACACCGUGCAGUUACAAAUUCAGAAAGUGGUCGAAUAACACUAGGGACCUUUGUUUCUCCCGCUGGAGAUUGUGUAGUGGAACCAGCAAAGGCUCUUGUCAAUGGUGACAGUCCUGCACUCUAUCGCGCCUUCAAAUAUGAGGAGUUCAUGAGUGACUUUAUGGCCGGAAAGGAACCACAUAAGACAUUGACACUAAACAACAUUAGUUAA